UAAAAAUUAAAAGGUAUUACAUAAAAAUGAGUUUUAUAAAAUUUUCACGCUUUGAUCCUCUUGAAAGUGCAUUCUUUCGAAUGGCCAAAUGGACUUUAGUAUUUCUUGGUAUUUGGCCAUUGGAUUUAUUAAAUCGUUUGACAAUAUUUAAAAUUAUAUUCAAUUCGAGUGCAUUGUUGACGGCAAUAAUUGGAGAAAUUCGAUUUGCGUGGUUUAUAAGAAGUGAACCUUUAGAAGCUCUGGAUGCAGCUUGUCCGAGUUUAACUAAGAUGGUGACAAUGAUAAAAUUGUCUUGUUUUUUAAUUUAUCGUAAUCAAUUGGCUACACUUUUAAAUGAACUCUAUGAACAUCUUUAUGCAGAUACAGAAAACGAAAAGAAGAAUUUAUUGAUUGGGAAGAUAUCUUUCUUCACAUCCGUUUGGUGCCUAAUGCUCUUUUUGCUAAGCUUGUCGACAAGCUUCUUAUACACUGUACAGCCGAUUAUAGUUUGGAUAUAUCAACGAUUCACGGGCACUAAAGGCAACUGGGUUACCCUACCUUUUCAAGCUGCUUUGCCAUACCAGGAUAUGACAAAGCUUAACAGCAGAUUCGUCUAUUCGUUGGUUUAUUGUUUCCUUGCUCAUUCGGGAAAUGUGACAGUAUUUGGAAUAUCAGGAGCUGAUGGGAUCUUUAUGUGUUUUUGUAUGUACAUUUCUGUUUCGUAUGAAUGUUUACAAAAUGAUUUUAAGACCGCUUUCAAUACCUAUUGCUCUAAGAAUAGUAAAUCAGAGAGUAAUGGCGAUGAUGAACUUCUUUAUAACGAGCUUAGUUUUCUUGUCAAACGUCAACAGAAAAUCAUCGAAAUGUUCGAACAUUUCAAUCAAACCUAUAAGCUCAUAAUUUUUGGACACUUUCUAUUUGCCAGUAUUGAAUUGGGAAUAGUUUUGGUCAAUAUAGUUUUGAGUACUGGAAUAACAAAAAUGAUUUUCUUGACCUAUGUCUUAGGAUCUUGUUGUCAGCUUUAUACCUAUUGCUAUGGUGCUGAAAAUGUUAAUCAAAAUUGUGUAAAAUUAUCUGAGACAUUAUAUUUUUGUGAAUGGUAUCAAUGCAAUACAAAGAUUAAACGUUUGGUCUUAAUGGUUUUGAUGAAGUCUCAGAAAGGUAGCUUAUUAGAUGCUCCAUUUUUCAGACCAUCAUUGCCACUUUUUGCAUCGAUCAUUCAAACAUCUGGAUCUUAUUUUACAAUUCUUCUAGCUUUUAUGUAAACCUAAAUUGAUUGCUUUAGCAGAGUUAACAGAAGUCAAAAUUUAAUCUAAUCAAGAAUGCAGACGUUUUGUUUUUGAUGUUUAUUUUAGAAAACUAAAGGUUCCUUAGAUUUAACAAAGUUAAUUUCUUAACUUUCUACGAUAUAAAAAUGUUUAAGCAAAGAGGAUGUUUUUCUACUUGUAAGUCGUUACGCCCGAUUAGCUUUAGCACCUGGUUUUAGUGUUAUAAAACUUUAAGGUGUAACGAUUUGGUCGAAGAAUUAUCUUAACAUAUAAAAUUGGAGAAUCUGGGAACUAGGAAAGCUUGCAUGCUGUUGUCGAUGUCAAGAAGCCAAUAUAUUCUAAGAAAGUUGUAGUUCAGUGCUGAUUUUGGAGUAGGGGCAUCAUUGGACCAAUCUUCUUCGAAAAUGACUUUGAGAAUGGAAACAACUUUUCACUUUUCGCAAAUAAUAAAUCUAUUACACUUUUGUAUGUUCAAUGUUGGACAGCUGUCAAAAAACAAGCAAAACCAUCACAUAAAGAACGUCUGAACGAAGCCAAUUCGUUGUGAACUUGGACACACUCUCUUUUGACAUAUCACAUUAGUUGGAUGCUUUCAUUCGUGAAACAAAAUGUCUGCCUCUAUUCUGUUUCCGUUUUUUGCUAAACUAAUGAGAUUUUGAAAGUUUAUUUGAAUACGUAUUCGUAUUAUGUGACGUUGCGAUUUCUUAUUUUACAAAAAUAAAAUGGAUC